GCAACGCAAAGUGUUUACUUUUGACUUCUGGAACCACGAGUCCGUUUGCUUUUUACCUCGAAAGAAACUAAGACUAUGAGCCACAGCAAGAGUUCAGUGGGCGUCAGACAGACCGUCCUGCUGCCCAUCUCCAACAGGACCCUGCAGCAGCCCUCCUUCCUGCCUCAUUACGCGCCUGCAGGCUUCCAUCCCCACUUCCACGGUUAUCCAAUGACUCCUGCAGACCUCCGCUACACAAGCCCCACUCUGCCCUGCGGGAGGAGGGUCUAUAAUGGUCUCGGUGGGAAGAUGGUUUUUAAUUGCUGCCAGCUCAACACGCCUCUCCCCGUCAUGUCCGCCUGCGUGGCCCCACCAAACCGGCCGGACCCUUUCAGGGCGGGGCCGUACCCCACCUACAGCCUGGGCAGCACCAGCUGGACCAUGCAGAGCCUGCCCCCUGCUCAGGAGCAGCCCAGGCUCAUCGUCCAGCUCACUCAGCAGGAGGACCAGGCCAUCACCAACCUGCUGGAACUGCACCACCAGGAGGCGCCCCGAGCAGAGGGAACCAUCACCGGCUUCCCAAACGUCAUCUGCAACGAAGCGCCGGAGGAGAGCCGGAGAUGGUCAGAAGCAGGAUGUGGAGCUGCUGAGCAGGUGGACGGUCGCUUAAGAGGAAAAACGGCAGCGCCUCCUGACCUGCUGCUCAAAACCUCUGGGACAGAGCCUGAAUGUCCGACUCUGUCACCGCUGGAAAGCUGUGACCGGUCACAAACAGGAAGCUGCAUGAAGGAGAAUGGAGCGUUCUGGGAUGAGGACAUGACGGCCACGCUGGAGCCAGACCAGUGCGUUGAUUCAGAGGCGGGGAGCGGGUCGGCGGGACGGAUGCUCACCGACCUGGAAGGGGACGCCGUCCUGGCUCUGCUGAGCCUCGGAGGGGUGAGGACUCUCCUGCAGUGACUGUGUCAAACCUCGAGCAUCUUUGUUGGGAUUACGUUCGUUUUGGUUGUGAACGCCGCAGGUUUGGCUGCUUUAUAUUCUGAAAACUGAGACUUUUCAUUCAUUGCUUUAUUUAUUUUUUGUUCUCCAGUUAUCUAUCUGAAACAGUUUGAUGUUUGUACUGUAAAAUGCAGAUAUUAUGUU